AUAAAACGCAGUAACAAUGGCCUCGAUAGAAUCAUCUGAAUCCGCAUCACCUAUCAUCUUCGACUCACUACCUUACUUCGACAAGGACCGCGACGAGAACCCCGUCCUCGCAGAACAAGUCGCGCACGUACUUGCCGUUGAGACACAACAGGUCAGCCAAGAGGCGCCGCACCCCCAUAUGGCCCCAGCUUUCGAGAUAUUCUCUAACAACCCUCUAUUGGCGGCUGAAAUGCAGCGUAUGGAGCGGAAAGAGAAGUUGAACGUGAUCAAUGCGGAUAAAAACAAGUUGGCUUUGGUAGCUCCAGGACCCGAUGCGACGGAGGAGGAGUGGAAGGCGGCGUUGGACAAUGCGCAUGUGCAAGUUGAGCAUCAGAGGAUACGGCACAAUAAUCUUGCAUUGCUUCAACAGUAUGGAAGCAACGCAUGGCGGAUACACAACUACCUCCUUGAAGCAGAUACUAAACAAGAGGAGAAAUUGCUCGAGCAGGCACGCGAACAAGCGACGCACGUGAACAGAGACAGGAGGGCCAUUCAGGAUCGGAUAGGCGCUCAGCUGGACACGCUCGAUACGAGAUGGCAGGGUCUCGUGUCGAGUGUGGUGAAUAUUGAGACUGUGAACGCAGCGUUGGAGAUGGAGGUGCAUAGGCUGAAUAGGAGGGAGACGGAGUUGGCUGGAGCGUUGGCAUGAGAUGGAGUGGAGUCGCCACCUGUUUUUGUCUCUGGCUUUGAUUCUGUAUUUUAUCUAUUCUUUGCUGUCCCG